UCUACUCCCUCUGCUCUUCAGAGUGAACGCGGAAGCCGCGUUGAGCGCUUAUUCCGCGUGUGACGCAGAGAGUACGCAGUGGUAAAUACCUGUCGUACAGUGCUGUGGUUUAGUGUAUGCGAGUGCUCGUCACGUGUGGAAAGAGCAAGAGAGAGAGAGAGAGAGAAUACAUAGUCCUCUUUUAUUGAAAGAUCGAUCGAGCUUCUCUCUCUAUCUCUCGAGUAUAUAGUAUAGAGGUCAGGGAAUCGUCGACCUCGCAAUUAUCUUGUGCUUUUGCAAUGCGUGUUAUUAACAGUGAAUAACCGAAGACGACGCUAAACAGAAACAGGCGGGUUGGCUUACCGUGUUGCUGAUCUCUGCGCCUCGCUGGAUUGUUUUGGGAUGCUGCCGACAUUGAAGAUGCACUCGCGCCUCGCUGAUUAUCCAGAAGCUACUCGCUCGAAACUUUAGACUGGUGUUUUGCUACUGCUGCUGCUGCUGCUGCUGCGAACGGACAGGCGAGCAGGAUGUCGAUGACCGGUAGCUUGAUGAGCUACGAGAACAACAACGAGGUGUCGAAAGGGACGAAGAAGGGCCUGAAGCCGCUGCCCGUGGUGGCGAGCGUGAAUGCGGCUGGCAUGACGACAACGACGACGAUGAGCGGCGGCAGCAACGGCGCCCUGCCGCGUGCCGCCGCAAAGCCGAGACGCCCGCACGCGGCAAGGUCGUCGAGAUCGACGCGAUCAGCGGCGCAGUCGCCGUGCGGCCGCGGGCACGUGAACAGCCUGUGGUCCUGCUGGUACGGCAUCAUCGCAGUCGGCUUCCAGGCCUACAUCGCCGUGCGCUGCACCAGGAGAUUCAUCGCGUACCUGUCGCUGCCGUGGCCGCUGGACGCCCCGCCGCCGAAGCUCGAGCUGCACGCCUGCCUGGUGCUGGCCUGCGCCGGGGUCCUCCUACUGCCCAUACUGCUCGCCUCGGCCUGCCUGAAGCUCGGCAAUCUCGCCAACGACGGCGUGAAGCUGGGCAGGCACCUGUCGACCUGCAGCCGCGACCCGCCGUCGUCGCUGCUCAACGGCAACACCGAGAACGGACUGGCGAACAAUCUGUGGCGGCACGGCGGCCCGACCUCGGCCUUCGUUCACCUCUGCACGGCCAUGUGCUUCCUGCUGCCGUCCCUGCUGAUGGAGGCGCGUCUCAUCCACGCCGGAUUCCUGCCGAAAGAGGCCAUCUGGCGCACUGACCUGGACUGGGUGCUCACGCAUCGCGAGAGACUCGUAAUGCUGAGCUUCAUGAACAUACCCGAGAAUGCCAGUCUGGCGCUGGCUAAUCAACCCGUCGGUGGUCACCAGUCGUUCGCCGACGACCAACUCGACGAUAUCACCAACGCGACCAGCUACGGGGAUGCGCAACCAACCAAAUUGUCAACGGUAUUGCUACCUUCGACGAUGACCAAUGCAAGGAGGAACGAUGAUAGCGAUGCCGAUUACAACUACUUGGACGCAGCGUCGUCGUUUACCAGCCCAUCGUCGCCUUCGUCGUCGCGUCGACCGGGUCAACGAAUGCAAGCGCGUAAUAUCCAGAAUCGCCAGCGUGCAAAAUCCAAGAAGAACUCGGCCAUAGCGAGGGCGCGUUCGACACCCACGCCCUAUGGAAAUAUGACUGCUCUGAGCCUGCCACUGACGUUCACUAGUUUGGAGGACCUCGAUCAUCCGGAAUAUCUUAAUCAAGAAAUUGACGAGUCCGAGGAUGAUUACGGACCUGUCACACUCGAGUAUCUGAAUUACGCGAUGGCGCUGGGCGUCUACUCAGUCAGAUAUCCAGCUGUGUUUUGGGCAAGCAACAAAGCACUGGGCACGAUUUUUAGUAUUCAGCUGGUAUUCAAUAGCUUGCAGAGUUUGCUUUCUUACGCUGGGAUGUCUGUGCUAUACAAGGUUCAAGUGGUCGGACCAUUGAAAGUGCUGCCUCUGCUGCGCCACCGUAGCUUCACCACGGCCAGAACGUUGUCCAAUUUAUUCGGCGAUCGUUUCUUCCUGCUUAACCCGCACAUCACGCUGGGCAUCUUCGCGUUAUCGUCUCUCCUCGUGCUCUGCUCGAGCAUGGUGAUGUACCUCUACGCUUACGGCCGCUUCGUUGGUUUCCUCAGUCAAGAACGCGAGCGAAGGGUGAUUUUGCCAAAAGGAGCAGCAAGCAACGACGCUGGUUGGACGUACAUGACGCAUCCGGCGGCCCUCUGCCUCUUCCUCGCUCUCGCCAUUUGUAAUGCACCCCUGCUCUACGACUACACUGUCGUGUACAGAGGCAGUCUAGAUGGAGCCGUACUUGCCUGUGCGAUUGGCACGAUUUUCCACCUGGGCGUAUGGCUUGUAAUAUGGAUAGGCUUGGCAAUCAAGAAGCGAUGGGUUUUCAAGCUUAGAGUUACUAUUGGUAGGGCGACUGUCAGGAGCGCAAGAUCGGUGAAACUUGUCACCGACGUGGAUUUGAUGAACGGAAGAGACGACGAAGAUGGCACUGCUGCGCCGUUGCUGGUUGUCGGCAAUGGCAGGACUUAUACUGUGGCUGAAACUAGUCCAAAGAAGGCUAUUAUGAGCGUCAUUCAAAAGGCUGCUAUGGAGCGGAAGGCCAGGUCGCAAGGCAAUGGAAUAGAUUCGAUGGACGGCGAUUCGACGGCUGACGGCGACGAGCAAAUUUACUGGUUGAGGCCAAAGUUGCGGGCGUCGCCCAUGCAAGCGGCUGGCAAUGCAACCGGUCAAGGAGCUGGCGACAAAAGCUGGCUCAAUAAGAAACUCAAGCAGAAGGUGACCUUCAACGACCUGCCGAGUACUUCGGGCUCGCGUAAUAAAGGCAAAGCUAGACGAGACGGUGGACCCGAGGACGACGGAGACUAUGCGACACUGCGCGAACUUCCAUUGGCCCACGAUCUCGCUGACGACUCAACUUCCGAGGAGAAUAAACCUUGGGGAGGAUGGCUGUCGCCUCGUAGGGACAAUAUUCCAAGAUUCACGGAUUUGCUGGAAUGCGUGAACGACGACCAAGUAACGUACUACGCGAGUGGGCACCGCGACCUGCAACCUUCCGAGGACGAGCCGUCAUCACUGUUGAGUCCCGAGCCACCACCACCGCCACCGCCGACGACAAGCGCGAUUGUCACGAACGAAGGUCCGAAUGGCUUACCUCUGCCACCGCCCGAUCCCAGUAUAAGCAUUCAGGAGAACGUGCAAGCCGUAAAUUCUCAGGUGCCCAGCGACGCGCAAACGCCACGCUGCCUGCGUCGCGGCGAUUCGGGUAUGCCGCACGAGGAACUGACGCCGCGCUCGGACUCGUCACACUCGCCACCUCUGGAUCCAAAUAGUGCCCACCUAAAUGGCGGCGCAAGCAACAACAGCACGAGCAGCAACAGCGAGACCUCGUCCUCGGGAGUGCACAGCACCGCGAGCUCGCAGCGUCGCGCGACCUCCGUGGAAGAUCUGACCAACGAGCCUCGCGAAGAGCCACAGUGGCGCAGCUGUAGUCUGCAGAGAGGAACGGCACCGCCGACCUCCAGCAGCGGCAAGUAUCCACCGAGCAAUCCCGGCAGAGUCAUCACCAAUCCCACGGCCAACUACGCCAACAGCGCCUCUUACGCGGUCUACAACGGUUGCACCACAGAGACCGUGGUCGCUGGCUGCCAAGCCGUCAUUCUAGAGAACCCCAACGAAGCCACAGUCGUCAUCAGACGCAAGAACUCGAGAACGAAACUGCAGGAGCCGCCGCUGUUGAGCGAGGAACCCUUCGGCAGGUCGACCAACAUGAGAAUGACUUCGUUCACGGAGAACAGUGACCUCAGGAGCAUGCAAUCCUCUUCGGCUACGCUGCCGCAUUAUCCUACCCAGCCGGUGGUUACCUACCCGCAUUGUUCGACCAUGCCCUUACCACACGCUAGUCAUAAUAUCCAGGCGGGCAGUAGCAUGAGCGGAUCCAGCGGUAGCUGCGGUUCCGUUCCAAGACAUCCAGGCCACGUAAACCAACAACAACAGCAGCAGCAGCCAUCGUCGUCAGUUCACGGCAGCGUUCCGUCGCAUACAACGUUACCGUCACACCACAAUGGAGUAAGGCUGAUGCUUCACGGCGGGCCGAAUCCAUUCGUCAAGCGCUUCCCACCGAUGAAUGCAGCGGCCCAUCAGCCUUGGCCGGCUGUGCUACCCAAUGCUGGACUUCAUCAUCAUACUUUUCCACAAGCGCCGCUCGUCAAUGGUAAAUUGAGACACUCCGAUCGCGAUUCCGCCAAUUUUUCCAUGGCCAGUAGCGGCGAUUCGGACACGUGCUUGCCGCAUUAAGUUGCAUGGUGAGGGCUUUUUUUGACUGUUAACGGUCUGAUGUUCUGUUUGUUCGUUUGGUUCUAACUACUCGACGAUAAGUAUUCUAUGCCAAUACCAAUGAACUGCAUGUAUAUUGGAAAACGUUGAAUUUAUGAUUGUGACAGUCCACGUUUUAACAAUUCAGUUGUUUGAAAUUUUGAAAUCAUCUGAGUUAUUGUUACUCUACCUCGAUCACUUUUAUUUGUUUGAUCGGUGCUCGGUAUAAAAAUAUUGUUCUUCAAACAAGCAAUGACCGUUAACUGUCGAAGCAAACUAUUGGAAAUAUAAUUUUCAGUACUAUUGCACUUGGAUGUCGAUGCAAUAACAAUUUAUCAAAAAUUGCAUUUAUAAGAUGAAGGGAAACUAAUAUAUCAUUGUACAGCGCUGAUUGUUGCGCUGAAAAACGUGGUGUUCCUCUGCGUAUAUCUACAAAUAUUCUUCACGAGAUCGUCUUUACGUCGCGAUCUCAGCUUUAGAAUAAAUAAAAAAUAAUCGUUUUUUUCGCGAUGAUUCAACGGCACUUUGCAGCGACGAGGGAUUUGAGACUUUUCAAAAAAUAAUAGUAAUAAUAAUAAUAAUAGUAAUAACAAUAAACUUUCAAGCAAUUAUAUAUGUAAAGAGAAGACUUGACAUCAGCAAAACAAACAAAAGUAAACACAACAUAUCGAAUAUUAUACACGUACGCGAAUAAAAAAUGAGCUUUUUACUUGUGUUUUUUGAUGCAAUAUAUAAAUGCUCUUUGCUUCAAACACAUAUCUCGUGGUCACUAUUGUGAAAGCGCUUUCUCUUCUCUAUUGAGAAAGAAAACUGUCGAUGACUCGUUGAAAAAAUACAAAACACAUCGCGCUGCCGAUAAUUCUCUUCAUAGUUCUAUAUUCAAUACUCGUAUUCGCCGCGAGGGGCAGAUGUCGAGAGUCAAGAAAAAAACAAAUAUAUAAACGCAAUUGUUGUGUAUCGCUCUCCUAUAAGGUUCGUGCAUAGAGAAUUGACGCAUCGCGAGCUUUUGUGGGACGAUUGAGUUCGCAAGCGUCGGAUAGAUAAAAAGUAGGCUAAGGUGUUGAGUCGAUAAAAGUUUUUUACGUAUAUAGCAAGAGAGGGAAAAAAGCUUUUUCUAUGAAUGAAUAAAUCACUGUAUAUUCCGUUGCGAUGAAAAAAAAGACAUAUGUAUAUUGCCAUCGAGCACCAAUUUGUUUGUAAUGUUAAGAGUAAUUUUAUCUGUAUAUAUAAAAAUCCUUGGUUGCGUCUUUACUCAACACGACAAAGAAGUGGCAGAUUCGCGUCUGUGUUCUCGCUUUUAAGAUUGUAUGUGUUAUAGUUUCCACUUCUGCAUUGAACUCACCGUUAUUAUUCGAAGCAUCGACCGUCAUUGUUUGUGUACAGGAGCGUAGAUUUUUUUAUCAAUCUUAACUGCCAUUCGUUGAAGGAUCUCUCCGCACCAUCGUAUUAUUAGCCUUUGUAAAUAAAAAGUGCACUUGUGAUAUAUAAGCCAGCACGAGUGAAAAGCCAAGAAACAACCUACCGGAUGCUUUUUUGAAAAUAGCUUAUAUAUCUACACGAAGCUGUAAUCACCAUUUGGAUCGCAAACCAAAACAGAAGUGGUAUUUUACCUAUAUAGAUUCAUAUUGCAUGUUACCGGAGAACUCUCAUAUUCUUUAUAUUCAUGUACGCGCGAGCGUCGUCGAGUCGCUCUAGUUGCGCUACCUUUUCGCGCAACGCGCGCUCCUGCAUUCUCUCUUUCCGGCGAGUCGGUAGCGCGUCAAGAGCCUCGGGGAUAAUGAAUGUUCUGUAAGCGUAAUCCCCUCCUCUCCCCCUACGUACCCACCUACCCUCAAGUAAUACUCACGAGUACGACCAAUUCGUAGAUGAAAUCGCGAGCGGCAGCACGGAGCUACUUAGUCGAGACAGAAAAUAGAAUGCCGAUCGUACAUAUCAGCGAAAAUAAAUAAACGGACCAGCCUCGAAGCGUAGAGAAAACCUAGAAAGUAUGCGAACCCAGUACCUAAAGGAAAGUCAGGGGAUUUGACCUUAGAAGACAAACAAACGAUAUGAAAACGCGACAAUAGAAGUAUUGAAAACGCCUACCUCGGUGAAUCGAGCGUACCUUUUAUCAUCCUCAUCCUCAUCGUCAUUGUUCAUCGUCAUCGUACAACGUAGCCUCGGCUAAGGGAAUAAAGCUUGACACAUUGACGGUUAUAGAGUAGAGCUUUUGCGUUGGUCAGGUUAAGCACAAUAAAAUGCAGAAAAAGUAGUCGCGAGAGAGAUAAUGAAAGAGAUAAGCGAAGCUAUCUUUUUUCGAGGACCUAUUUUUUUACCAUCUAGAAAAAAAAGAAACUCAAUCUUUCUAUCCGGAUCUUUAGGAAAGCGGGUAAAUGUUCGAGGCAUCAAUGUAGACUCACUGUUCUUUCUCCCUCUUCUUUUUAACACGUACCAUUUCUCGGAAUCACGAAGCAAAGAUAACGUUCGUCACUGGAAAUUGCAACAUGGUCGUAAGUUCGACAUUAUGCUUUUGUUUGCCUUUUUUUGCCUUAGAAAUGAAUAGUCACGAGAGAAAAUAGUUUCGAGUGGCGAAAGUUGUCGCAAGAAGACUGUCCUUUGGUAUAUCUUAUUCUAUUUUAUUUUACACGUGAAAGAAAAAGAAUGAAACCCAAAAGCAAGAAAAGUAGCGUAGUAGCCGUUCAAAGCAGAAAUAAUCACUAUUUAAAACAAAUGCUUCACGCGAUCGUCAGUCAAAUGCGUCGUUACUUAUAAACUUCGUUGAGCACUGUAAAUAACGUCGAAAGACAACAGAAAAUUCGGAAAAAAAUGAUGCUAAUUGUAAGAUUAUUGUAUAAAGACUGAUUAGACUAGCAUCGGUUUAUCAUUGGACAUUAUUUCGGCUGCACCGAUGGCUGGCAAACAAAGACACAAAGUUCGUUCGAAGCACUUCGAAUGCAUUGUCUGAUAAUUUUUAUAUGUUUCUAUUCGUAUACAAUUGUAUUGUAGUUUUUACUUGUUUGCGACGAAGCUAGUCGACACGCCAUAAUUUCGGUCAAAAUGACGUUUAAAAUCAAAGCAUUUUUUCAGUCACUUUAAUCACCGAUCUAAGUUUUUACAAUUCUAAAUUAGUUUAAGGAUUUUGGGCAAUAAUUUCGAAAAAAAACUUGAAAAUGAAAAAAAAACAGCUAAGGAUGUUUGAACUAUCGUUUUUCGAGGCAUAGAAAAAAUAAAAAAAAAACUAAAAUACAAUGUAAUCAGCGCAGUUGUAACGAAGCGGCACUAUUAUCGUGACACAACGUCGUAUCAAUAUUAUUUCAAGAUUGUACUAAGCCAUUGAAAAACUAAGUGUAAACUUUGUAUAUUCAUUUACCAAGAAAAUAAAGUUAAAUUAU